CUCACUGCUGCAUGAAGCAACGACGCAGACGGUACAUUAAAGCGGUGUGUGGAUGGUUCAUUGGACAUUUACUUGCCUUUCACAGCCUACCGAAAAUAAACAUAGACACAGUGUGUAGAUGAGAAGUGUGUGUUCAGUAUUUACAGUUUGCACUCACACAGAAAACAGACAGCACCGUUGAGGAACUCCAACAGACGGGACAGGUGAGAUAAGAUGUUUGGGUUCAGUCCCUGGGCUCUGCUGCCUCCUGUGUACUCAGGUCUCACUGCUGCUGGACUGUGGGUGGUAUAUUUUGUGGCUGUCUAUGAUGAGAAGAUAGUCCCUCUGGGUACAAAGUACAGGCGAAAUGGAUCAUCGUAUCCUCCUUACAUUAGCAUUGCGGGGAACUUUCCUCCAGCCAGCAGCAUCUUCAGCGAGGUCAUGAACUUGGCUGCGUUUCUUGGGUUCAUUAUUGCUUUCCUCAGAUACCUUCAACUGAAACAAAAAAUAAACAAACACCUGAACGUUGUCACUCUGCUGGCUUUUACUUUUGGCUGUUUUGGGAUGACACUCCUGGGAAACUUCAAGAUAUUUACAGACGAGAUUAUCCACAACCUCGGCACCUUCAUGACGUUCGGCCUGGGAACGUUGUUCUGCUGGCUUCAGUCUUUCAUCACUCUGAGAGUUGAUUUAAAGAACGAGGGGAGGAAGACUGGAAUCAUGCGUUUCCUGUUGUCUGGAAUCAUCACAGUCUGCAUGAUACUGUAUUUCUCCCUGAUCUCUCAGCGUCUCCACGGGGAGGCAGCUCAGAGCCAGUGGGCGCUCGUCAUGUUCUUCCUCAUCUUCCUCAGCACUUUUGGCAUCGACUUUCGCCACAACCGCUUUGACCUUGUGUGCACGGAAAACUGUGGUCGUCCAGAAAAUCACUCAGAGAUGCUCCCAGACGUGUCUAGAUACCGGCCAGAAGAACUGUAGGGGUGUUGUUUCGUCUUCUGUUGAAGAACUAAAGGGCUGUGUUUCAAAAUGUAUCUCAUCUGGACUGGAUGUAAAUGUUGUUACUAUUUGUUUGGUAUUAGUUCCACUUUUUAUAUGAAUACUUUGAGUUUUCAUGUUUUGAUUUUAUUUUUACAAUUUUAAAAAGUUAGUUUAAAUCCCCACACUAAAGAUCUGUUUUGUUUUUCAGUCCCUUACUCUGUAUGUAUGUGAGGAUGGUUUGUUAUGGUAAAAUUGUUUUUUCAUUAAAUAUUAUUUUUAAGCACAA